AUGGGAAAGAAUAACCAGCAGAGUGUUACUCCUGAUAACAAGCCUGGCGCGAUCCCCGCGUUUAUCGACCGCCCUGCCCCCAAUGAGGUUUCGAACCCGAGUGCCUUGCCGGACCUUAUCGCUCCCAUCUGGCCGGUCGACAGCGCCCUCGAUAUCAGCAUCUAUGUGACACCUUCGUUCAAUGUCCCCUCGUUCAAAUCCCCCAACAGCGUGCUAGUCAUGCAGGAGAAGAACUUCACGAUGGGUAACUACAGCGAUACCCGUGAAAUCGACACCACGAUCAAGGUUCCCAAGGCGGUUCAGCAGAAUGGAACUCUCUGGGCGCACUUUUUUGUUGCGCGCACUGGAUUCCAGUUGGAUCCUGCUGCCAAGGAUUACACGACUGACGACGCUGUUCACUUCAUUCGCCCGCUUAACCAGUAUCUGCCCAAGAAGAAGACCAAGAAGCUCAAGAAUCUCCUAUCCGCCGCCGAGGGAGAGGAAUCCGCCGAGGAAGAUAACGCCCCGAAGGUCACAACUGCUUCAUACUACCACCCCAACUUCACCGUUUCUCUGAUCCCUGACGCCGGCACUCAGCGUCUUGGUCAGCUUGCAGCCCCGACUCGCCAAUAUGUGCAACUGGAGCGCAGUGGAGCCCGCGAUGCCUCCGGACAGAAUGGGUGGUACUAUCCAAUUCUGUUCCUCAACACUUUCUGGCAGCUCAAGACCCACAUGAUUAUUCUGAACUCUACCGUCGAGGAAGUGCCGUUGCAUAUCACUUUGGACAACAUGGCUCACUGGAAAUUCAACCUCGUGACUAGCAUCGACGAAGGUUCCAAGCAGAGCGCCCGUCAGGCUGCGUACGGUGGCCCCGUCCCUGGUGGCGGUGAUGGAACAGAAUGGGAAAUGGUCAAGGAGAUCCUCCUCGAUACCAACAUCUGGCUCCUCGGUACGACUGGCUUCGUCACUAUCCUGCACAUGAUCUUCGAGACUCUUGCCUUCAAGAACGAUAUUUCUCACUGGCGCAAGAAGAAGGAUUCUGUUGGUACCUCGGUCCGUACAAUUCUGGCAAACGUUUUCAUGCAAGCCGUUAUCUUCCUCUACCUCAUGGACAACAGCGAGAAUACUUCUUGGAUGAUUCUUGCCAGUCAAGGCUUUGGAAUUAUGCUCGAGGCCUGGAAGAUCACCAAAACGGUGGACGUUCGCCUGCGGCCCCCACCUGCUAACUCCUGGUUUUCAUUCCUUCCCUAUGUCAUCGUCUUUGAGGACAAGCACAAGCUUUCCGAGACUGAGCAGAAGACCAAGGACUACGACGAGAUUGCGUUCCGUUACCUGUAUAUCGUGGCAGUGCCCCUGCUCCUCGCCUACGCUACGUACAGUUUGAUGUACAACACCCACAAAUCGUGGUACUCGUACAUCAUCGAGACUCUCGUCGGCAGUGUGUACGCUUACGGAUUCUUGAUGAUGGUUCCCAGUUUGUACAUCAACUACCGUCUCAAGUCUGUUGCCCACAUGCCCGGCAAGGCGAUGGCAUACAAGUUCUUGAACACCUUCAUUGAUGAUCUGUUCGCCUUCACUGUCAAGAUGCCAUGGCUGCACCGUCUGGCCACGCUCCGUGACGACGUGAUCUUCUUCAUCUGGCUGUACCAGGGCUGGAAGUACAAGACCGACUUCAAGCGUGUCAAUGAGUUCGGCCAGGGAGGUGACAGCGAUGAGGAGGAGGAGAAAGAGGCCGAGUCCACCCCCGCCGCCGAUUCCCAGAAGAAGGCGAUCAAGGAGGAAGCGAAGGAGGAGGUGGCUACCCAGUCCUCUUCCAAGACCAACAACUCCAAGCCCUCGACCCGCAAGAGAAAGUGA